AUGGGAUCCUUGCUGCAUGUUCCUGGCAAGGGCUCCCCUAAGUCCCUCCUGCUCAGUCCCGCCCAUCACAUCGGCCCCGCCCUCACCCCGGCCCCGCCCUUCACACGCGCGGCGUCGCGCAGCCUCAGUCUCCCAGCCAGUCCGGCGUCCUCGGCGGUUGCGCGCUUAGCCCUCCUCCCUCCGUGCCGGGCGCGCGUUUUCUGCUCUGCCAGCCUCAUUUUGGGGCGGUUAGGCUGCGCGCCUGUGGGGACGGGGCCCAGAGCAAGCGACCGUGACAAUGGGGCAAGGCGGCUGGGUCGGGCCGAGGGCAGCGGCCGAGGUGAAGGCGGAAGGAGGCGGCGGUGUCGGAGGGGUAAGAUGGCGGCCCCGGUCCUCCUGAGAGUGUUGGUGCUGCGGUGGGAGCGGGUGGCCGAGUAUGCCAUGUGUGGUGCGGAAAUCCUGCUUUCCAUCUAUGCCUACCAGGUGCAGAGGGAGCAGGAGCGAGACCCCGAGCACUGGGCCCUCUGCGACCUGGGGCCCUGGAAUCCUUGCCCAGAGUCCAGCACCUCCUUCCUGUCCAGGAUCACCUUCUGGUGGAUCACAGGGUUGAUCGUCCGGGGCUACCACCAACCCCUGGAGAGCAGUGGCUUCUGGUCCUUAAACAAGGAGGACACGUCAGAACAAGUCAUGCCUGUUUUGGUAAAGAACUGGAAGAAGAAAUGCACCAAGUCUAGGAAGGGUCACGGGCAUCAGCGGUCCAGGGAAGGAAGCAAAGCAAAUGGAGAAUGGCAUGCUGGUGACAGACAGUGCGGGGAAGCAACUACAGAACUCAGCAGUUCCUCCUCCUAUAGUGGGGACAUCAGCAGGCACCACAGCAGUACCGCAGAGCUGCAGAAAGCCGAAGCCAAGAAGAAGACUUGGAAGCUGAUGGAGGCUGAGAAGGCACAGACAGGGCAGCAACAAGCAACAAAGAAGGCUUUUGUGACCAAAUGUGUGGAGAGGUUUUCCCCACCAACAAGCAAGCAAUCACUUCUGCAGAUGACACAAACUGGGUGUCAUUUAAUUCAGUUCUCACACUGUCUGCAGAUAGCAUCAGACUGCACAGAGUUUGCAGAGUGAGAAAGAAGAACUCAACCCUCUAAUCAGCCAUGUCUUCAUGAUGGUGACCAGUUCCCAUCUUGAAUAUACCUAGGAGCUUCCAGCCAUUGAUCAUUAGCAUACCAAAAGACAUCACUUUGGAAAUUCGAAGGAGUUUAAGAAUUGUACACCAAGAAAUGAGUCAAAGUCCAAACACAGAUUUUACAUCUGCAGUUUUGAAUUAUGUAGUUACAGCUACUAACAGUUAACUGUAUUCCAAACAUACUACAUUGAAAACUCCAGAAAUAAACAAGUCAUAAGUGUUAGUGUACCAGUCUGAGAAGCACAAUAAAAUCUUGAGCUCUUGCCCUCUAUCCAUCCCAGGCUGUGAAUCAUUCCUUUGUCCAGUGCAUUCACACUGCUUGUGCUGUCCAGCCAUUAGUCAUCAACAUGGUCUCUGCCUGCAUCCAGCCAUCAACAUCAUUAAGGCCUGAAGGUCCAGGAACACUCAAAGCUGGUAAUCUUUUUUCUGACCUAGAGUCAGGGGGUGAAUCGUGACCUGACACUACUUGACAAUGCCUACAUCAUACCUCACUUCAUCUCAUUACAUAGGCAUUGUAUCACUUCACAUCAUCACAGGAAAAAGGGUGAGAACCAUACCAUAUAUUUUAAGAGAGCACAUUCAAAUAAUUUUUAUUACAGCAUAUUACUAUAAUUUUCCAUUUUCCUUUAGUUGUUGUUAAUUUCUUACUGCACCUAAUUUAUAAAUUAAACUUUAACAUAGAUAUGUAUAGGGAAAAAAAACAGUGAGUGAUUCAGUACUAUUUGUGCUUUCAGGCAUUCAGAGGGCCUUUGAAUGUAUCUCCCACAGUUAAGGGGGAACCACUGCACUUAAUUUGUUGUAACACAACACAUUCUCUUUAGCUCUUAAAACUGCAGUUUAGGAUAAAACACCAUAUCACCAGAAUUCAGCAAAACCUAGGAAUCAGACCAGAAACAGGGACUCUUGCAAAAACUUUCCAGCUGCCAGUGGGGAAGCGCUCAAGAGAUAUUAAUGUGUUACUCUGGCCAAUAGUCUUGGGGAAGGUGCUGGCUCUUUUACUUAGUUGUAGCUAUGUGCUCUGCCCUACAUCUAACAAGGCCCAAAUUCAUCUGCCAUUUGUCCGCCCACAGAAGGAACCACUGGAAAGAUGACUGCUUUAAGAGCUUAUCCACUCUGAACCACAUCACAGAAGACUGUCUCAACAACGACAACAAAAAAGAAACAAACCUAAUUGUUCCGUGUAAAAGUAAGUCUAGGUCCACACUAGAUCUGAAGAGUUCUCAAUGCCAUGAGAUAGGACAGAAAUAUAUUAAAAAAUUAUAUUCCUGCUUUCUGUAGAAAUAAAACUUGAAUUUAAGCUUUUGUAAGACAAGUCAAGAAAAAGCAAAAAAUGCAAAAGUAAAACUUGAAAGGCCAUUUCGUUAUCAUGGGCUCAUGAUCACGAGAUAUUCACAAACUAUAUAUAUUGUUCAUAUUGUUCAAAACUUUGGUUCUGAAUUUUGAUAUGAGUAAGUUGCAGUUUCAUUCAAGGAUGUCCAAGAGAUCAAAUAAGACAAUGUCAUUUGCUGUUUUCAGUCUUUUUUUUUUUUUUUUUAAGAGAACAGUAAACUUCUUUAGAGAAAUGAAUU